CUGCACAUGUUCAAUAUUCGUACCCUGAGUAUGCUUGAAAGAUUCACAAGAUCAUCAUUCGUCGGCAAGAUUUCAUCGAGAAAAGUUCAUAAAAAGUUAGCAAUAAUGGUUUCAAUUAUUUUAAUUGUGACUGCACUUUGUGCAAUCGGUUCCACUUUCGCUCAAACAGGCCCAAAAGUGACGGAUAUUGUUUUCUUUGACAUUGAAAUUGGUGGAAAACCAGCAGGUCGCAUUGAAAUCGGUCUUUUUGGAGGCACUGUUCCUAAAACCGCCAAGAACUUUGCUGAAUUAGCUCAAAAAGGACCAGGUGAAGGCUACAAAGGAAGCAAAUUCCACAGAGUCAUUAAAGAUUUCAUGAUUCAGGGCGGUGAUUUCACAAGAGGUGAUGGAACUGGUGGACGUUCAAUCUAUGGUGAAAGAUUUGCUGACGAAAACUUCAAGCUUCAACAUUAUGGAUCAGGUUGGUUGUCAAUGGCCAACGCUGGAAAAGACACAAAUGGAUCACAAUUCUUCAUCACCACAAAGAAGACAUCCUGGUUGGAUAAUCGUCAUGUCGUUUUCGGAAAGAUCAUUAAAGGAAUGAGUGUUGUUCGUGCCAUCGAAAGUUCAAAAACUGACGGACGUGAUAAGCCAGUUGAAGACGUAGUGAUUGCUGAUUGUGGAGUUUUACCAGUUGAUACACCAUUCAACACAGAAAAGGCUGAUGCCGAAGAAUAA